CGAUGCCCUUUUGUUUCAUUGAGAGUCGAAGAGGAAAAGUCUUGGUGUUUAUAGUGAUGGUGAUGACAACAUGGCGCUGGGCGGGGUAAGGUCUGCCCUCUCUGGGCUUUCCGACCUUCGCAAGGAGAAGGCUGAAGAGAAGGAGAACCUGUGGAAGAAGAUUCUCGGCGAGGUUCAGUCCAGCGAAAGGAACAAGCUGCCGUCAUGCAAAUCUGUGCUGGUGCUGGGUGACAAUGAGUCGGGCAAGACCACGUUGAUUGCCAAGCUUCAGGGCAAUGAGGACCCCAAGAAAGGCUCAGGACUGGAGUAUGCUUAUAUUGAUGUGCGCGAUGAAUACAGAGAUGACCACACAAGACUCAGCGUUUGGGUGCUGGAUGGCGAACCGGUCCAUGGUGAACUGCUGGAGUAUGCCAUGAGCCCCAAGAAUCUGGAACACACUUUGAUCCUCCUGACAGUGUCCAUGACCACUCCUUGGGGGAUCAUGGACCAGCUGCACACUUGGGCCUCCACACUGCAGGACCACAUUGAUAAGCUGAACCUCGACCCGGACUAUUUCAAGGAACGCCAGGAUAAGAUGUCCAGGCUAUGGCAAGACUAUGUGGAGCCUGGAGAUGAGCUGGAGGCCGGGUCACCAAUGAAAAGGUCCUCUCGUAACCUGGACGGAGAUGAUGAUCCUGUCUUGCCACUUGCUGAGAACGUAUUGACCAGAAACCUUGGCCUGCAUGUCAUUGUGGUGGUUACUAAGACAGAUUACAUGUCAACACUGGAGAAGGAUUUUGACUAUAAGGAGGAGCACUUUGACUUCAUCCAGCAAUCAAUAAGGAAGUUUUGCCUGCAGUACGGUGCCGCGCUAUUUUAUACCUCGGUCAAGGAGGACAAGAACUGCGACCUCCUGUACAAGUAUCUAGUCCAUAAAAUUUACAACUUCCCCUUCAGAACUCCUGCGCUGGUGGUCGAGAAGGAUGCUGUGUUCAUACCAGCAGGAUGGGACAACGAGAAGAAGAUCGCCAUCCUUUACGAGAACAUGCACACCAUGACGCCGGAGGAUUACUACACAGACGUCAUUGUUCGCCCGCCUGUUGUACGCAAGGCCAUGACGAGAGAAAUAGAGGUGCAGGUGGAGGAGGAGCAGGCCUUCUUGGCGCGGCACUUGGCACAGCUACAGGCGGGCGGCACCGGGGCACCCCACACACCCCAGGGCCGCCAGGAGUCCCCCCUCAGGCAGUCCCCGGCAGUGCAGAAGACCAGCGACAGGAGGGUGACCACUGGAGUCCCCGCCAACCAGAUCGGAUCCCCCAAGAAGAUAUGGAGGCCGACAUCAGCUGAGAUGAACAAGCCAGGCGGUCCGGGGCCCAGCGAGGGAGUCCUGGCUAACUUCUUCAACUCACUCCUCAGUAAGAAGACGGCCAUCAACAGCCCCCCCACCGCCGGCAUCAAGACUAAUGCAGAUAAGGCAGCGAUGAGGUCCGACGCAGCUGCAGAAUUAGACCGGCUGACUCGGAGUAAGAAGACCCCCAUCCCCCCCACCGCCGCCACCACCAACAGCACCCCAAACCCCGCCACCCCCAACAACACCGCCACCACCACUGACACCAACUCCUCGGAAUGUUGACUGACGAGGAGUCCGUUUGUGGUCUAAAAAAUUAUCCCUCCCCUGUCUGUCUGUCUGUGUGUCUGUAGGGGGGGCUAAACAGGGCGGGAGGGGGGGCCGGUGGUGUUGAUUCAUUCCUGUGUAUAUCGUUGGUUUAAUUUUUUCACCCUCAACACCGCCACCACCACCACCACCACCAGCACCACCAGGAAGGCUACCACACUGCACUUACCCAUUGCUGUGUUAUUAAGCCUCUAGUGCCUAUGUGCGUGUGUGUGUGCGUGCGUGUGUGCGUGUGUGUUUACCCUGGGGUCUGGAGGGUAGGGUCCAGGGGGAGGGGGUGGUCUAGAGAGGGUGUAUGAGGGGGGGGCAUAUUGCAAAGCCUGUAUCAUAUUUUUCUUAUUUAUUGUUAAUUUUAUAUACAUUUGCUUCUAUGCUAUGUCCUGGCUGUAUGCAUUGCUUGUGUGUGUGUGUGUGUGUGUGUGUGUGUGUGUGUGUGUGUGUGUGUGUGUGUGUGUGUGAGUGUGUUGUGGUGAAACUUGACUUACUUUAGGAGAGAAGUUAUUGUAGGGAGGGGUGAUGUAAUGUAUUUGUUUGUGUAUAUAUAUAGUUCUUGUUCUCUCUCUCUCUCUCUCUCUCUCUCUCUCUCUCUCUCUCUCUCUCUCUCUCUCUCUCUCUCUCUCUCUCUCUCUCUCUCUCUCUCUCUCUCUCUCUCUCUCUCUCUCUCUCUCUCUCUCCAAAAAUUUACUCUUAUUAUUUUUUCCUCAUUUUUAUCAUUUUCUUUUGUAUCCCUUCAAAAAAAUACCACUGUCUUUUCACCACAGACCUUUAAAUACUCCCGUUUUCUUUGGCAGUGUCACAUAAUGCAUAUCCAGAGCAAUAAGGCUCAGAACCAGAUGAAAAUAUCCUUGAUUUUCACCCUUACCUGACUUUGUACUGUUAAUAGUCUUUGGUUCUUGAGGUGAGGUUUGGUUACUGUCUGUCUGUCUGUCUGUCUGUCUGUCUGUCUGUCUUUCUGUCUAUCUAUCUGUCUGUCUGAAUAUAUUAAGCUUUUGGGAAGGUCAUAGGCCACUAACUGUGUGAGAAAGGUGUGUGUGUGUGUGUGUGUGUGUGUGUGUGUGUGUGUGUGUGUGUGUGUGUGUGUGUGUGUGUGUGUGUGUGUGUGAGAGAGAGAGGUAGCUAGUUUAUACAGGCAGCAAAAAGGAAUAUGUGAGAGAGAGAGAGAGAGAGAGAGAGAGAGAGAGAGAGAGAGAGAGAGAGAGAGAGUUUAGAUAUCAGGUAUUAUAAGAUAUACUGAAGAGGAAAACCAAUUAUUCAACAUUAUAACAUCCCAGUGAAAACACACACACACACACACACACACACACACACACACACACACACACACACACACACACACACACACACACACACACACACACACACACACACACACACACACACACACCACCACCACCACCACCACCACCACCACCACCACCACCACCAGCCAGAGCAUUAUUAACCAAAUGAACAAGUUAAUAAAUAGAUAAAUAAUUAAUAAAGUAGCAAAUACAACACUCAAUGCUUUAUUUAGGCUUGAAAUCAUCUUAACUAUUUAUAUCCUUGAAAAAUAUUAUGGUUUUUUUAAGGCAAUUUACACCAAAAAUGCAGACCUGUUCUAUUGUGCAGGUGUGUGGCCCUACCUGUGAUAGUAACAGGUGUGUAGACUCGUUACCUUUGAAUCUGAGGUGUGUACAGGUGUGUUAGUUACCUGUGAGGUGCGACACAUUUGUAAUCAUAUUGCGAAGUGACCCACAAAUCUGUACUGGGAGAUGUACAGGUGUGGUGGGGUCCAGGACAGUUGUGGGGGGGCUUAACGACUCACAGGUACACACCCUUGCAUCCUUCACAGGUGUGUGUGGCACUGUGACCUCAAAAGACACACCUUAGGGUCACUUUACUGUAGCCAGUGUGUGCAGUCUUGUAAUGCUGGGCUGGGCAGGUGUGGGGCUGUCACGGGCUUGUAACAUAAUGACCUAACGAUUCUAGGCAGGUGUGUUGGGCUCCAAACCUGUAUUCUAAAAUGCUUUGUUCUCUCACCACUACUUCUCAAGGCCACAGAGAUGACUAGCAGGGUUUUCAAGAGUGUUUUCCAGUUAGUAAUGUGGAAAUGUUGUCACUCUGCCUCUAGAACCAUAAAAAAAACUUGCUUAAAACACUUCUUUCCCACCACAACUGUUUUCCAAAGCCACAGAGAUGACUAGUGGGGUUUUCAAGAGUGUUUCUCCAGUUAAUAGUGUAAAAAUGUUAUCACUCUGUCUGUAAAACUGUAAGAACACCUUAAAAAACUCAUGUAAAUUUAGAUAAAGCCUUUUGAAAUAGUGGAGAUGAAGCAUAGAAGUGUUUGAGAAUACAAGUCUGACAUCUGUACUCUGAAACACUCUGCUCUCUCAUCAGGACUGUUUUACAAGGCCACACAGACAAUUAGCGAGGUUUUCAAGACACUUUCUCCCUUUAAGAAACCAGAAAUCUUGUCAGUCUAUCACCAGGAACAUAAAAAUACCCUUAAAAACAUGAACAUCAACCUGCAAGGGGACUGGAAAGUAAGUGGGCCUUUUUUUUAGUGUUUGUUGCCCUUUUCCAGCCUUCCCAUCUUACUUAAAGAAUCGAGAGCUUUGUAAAGUAGUGAUGGUGAGAGACAAGCAUUCAGAGUACAGAACCUUUGUCACCCCUGUGUGUGUCACGUGUGUGUGUCACUGCAGGUGUGUAAAGGAUAGUACACGCCUGUUAGCCUUGGAGUAUUGAUGUAUAUAGGUGACAGAAUGAUUACUACUACUACUACUAUUACUAUUACUACUACUACAACAGCAGCUGUACAUGUUAUUGUCUUGUCUCAGCGUAGACUUUCCCAACGUGAUACACACACACACAAAAAAAAAAAAAAAAAAUUAAGGAAACGUAUUUUUUUUUCGCUGAGGAAGAAAAAAAAAGUUUAAUUGUUCUUUUUUCCUCGUUAAAAAAUAGAAAUAAAAAGAAUGUCUAUUUGUUAAUUUAUCUUACGAAAUGAUGAUGAUGAUAAGAAUAAAUAAAGAUAAAUGCUGUUAUGGUUUUCAGAAAGAUAUUUUACAUUUUUGCCAUUGCAGAGAAAUUGUAAAAACAUGAAAAUACGACAUUUGUGAUAACUCC